AUGGAUGACGGGCUUGUGGCUCCAUCCCAACUCAAAGGUGACACUCCUCCUCGACUGGGCAGCGAGACCUGGCAAGAGAACACGCGGUGUCUCAUCUCUGACGUUGCGGGCGACACAUCGGGCCCGCAACACGGCCAGAACUACUUCACAGCAGCAACACGCCUGAGAAUGAACAGUUGCUUUGCUUUGUGGCCUACGUAUGAUUACUGGUCGAAGCUCGGCGACUCCGAGGAUUUCAUUCGCAAUAUAUGUGUGGAGUUGUUUCAGGACUUCGCUUUGUACAACGCCAUCUACCGCGGCGGCGUGUAUGAGAUGAUUGCUGCAGAACUCGGCUGCAGAAAGGACGUGAAAGGCGAGUCCUUCACACAAACCGGUUGCUUACCGGAGAGCUGCUUCGAAGAGUCCAUGCUUUUGGAGUAUGCUAUGAGGCCUAUCAAGAAUCACGACUCUUCAAGGCCGUUGUUCCUCACUUACUUAUCGCACCGUGUGCAUGUCCCCUUCGAGUUCACUGCUUCAUCCUCCAUUUUGGAAGCCAAAGUUGAGAAGUCCCUGGAGAAUGCGGAUAUUGAAGAGAGACUUCCCUGGAAGAUGGCUGUCAGCCUGGCCUCUACGGACUUUGUCAUGGGAGAGCUUGCUGAGGCGUUGGAAGAGCAGGGCAUGUUUGAAGACACGCUGGUUAUUUUCAUAUCUGACAACUGUGGAAGCGUCCAAGUCAUUUCGGGUGCCAACAACUAUCCCUUGAAAUCCUUGAAAUCCGGCAAGUUUUCAGAGUGCGAAGGUGGGAUGCGCACCAAUGCUUUCAUCUCUGGAGGAUUCAUCCCAGCCAGACAUCGUGGCAGCAGUUUCCACGGGGUCAUCCACCUCGCCGACUGGUACGCAACUCUUUGCAGUUUGGCUGGUGUGAGCCAUGACGAUGUUUCGGCCAAAGCCAAUGAGCUCCUUCGUCUCCAGGGCCUCCAGGAUAGACCACUGCUAGGCGAGGUAGAGGGGCGGCCAGAACAACUUCUCAGAAACCAAUGGCCGUCCCGACGCAUUGCCGGCUCAAUUCCAGGACCUUCAGAGCAGACCUUGGCCACUCACAAGUGCAAGCCUGUCUGCAGUCAUUCCAGCUUGGAGGUGUCGUAG